AUGGAUCUCAUCGACAAAGGCCUGUCCAUCGCCAGAAAUCCCAAACACACGCAAUGGAUCUGUCCCCUUCUCCUGCUCGCCGACGCAGGCCUCUGUCUCCUCGUAAUCCGCAAAAUCCCAUACACCGAAAUCGACUGGAAAGCGUACAUGCAGCAGAUCACGCAGUACAUCGCCGGCGAGCGCGACUACAUCAAACUCCACGGCGACACGGGGCCUUUGGUCUACCCAGCCGCGCACGUCUACAUUUACCGCGUGCUGCACUUUUUCACGGACUCCGGGAAUGACGUCCGACUCGCGCAGUACAUUUUCGCGGGCCUCUAUUUAGCUACGCUGGGGCUGGUGAUGCAGUGCUAUCGCCGCGCGCGAGCGCCGCCUGGGCUCUUCCCGCUGCUGGUGUUGAGUAAGCGGUUACAUUCGAUUUUUGUGCUGAGACUGUUUAAUGAUGCUUGGGCGGUGUUCUUUUUGUUUCUGGCUAUCUACUGCUACCAGGCGCGGGCGUGGACGCUGGGGUCUGUGGCGUAUAGUGUUGGGCUGGGGGUGAAGAUGAGCUUGUUGCUUGCGCUUCCUGCUGUUGGGGUCGUGCUGUGGCAGGGAGCCGGGAGGGAUCGGGCGUUUCUGAAUGCUAUGCAGAUCCUGCAGUUCCAGCUCGCAUUGGCUAUCCCCUUCAUUGCGGUCAAGCCGUGGUCGUACGCUUCCCGGGCUUUCGAGCUGUCUCGACAAUUCCUGUUCAAGUGGACUGUCAACUGGCGCUUUGUCGGGGAGGACGUCUUCUUGUCGUCGGGUUUCUCUCGAGCGCUCCUCGCAUUACAUGCAUCGCUCCUCGCUCUCAUGCUCUCGAUGCAAUGGCUGCAUGCUCCGCCCUUGGUCGCGAUCAAAGAGCUCGUGUCCCUUCCAUCGCCAGCACGACAGGCCGAGAUUCAGAGACGAGUGACGCCGAGUUACGUCCUGAGCACCAUCCUUUCUGCCGUCAUUGUCGGCUGUCUGUGUGCGAGAAGCUUGCACUACCAGUUCUAUGCGUACAUUGCAUGGUCGACUCCAAUCCUUCUCUGGAAGAGCGGGUUGCAUCCCGUCCUGGUCUACGCAAUCUGGGGAGCGCAGGAAUGGGCGUGGAAUGUGUAUCCGAGUUCCAAUGUGAGCUCCAUGGUGGUGGUCGCCUGUCUCGCGGUGACUGUGGCAAGCGCCUUGGUCGGGGGAAGAGAAGAAAGCCUCUCCGCUAGUAAGGCGAGGAAGAAGCGGCAGUAA